AUGAGAAAUAAAAUGAUGCUCCUAGUAGCUUUGAUGACACUCGUAUGAGUUGUAGUAUCAAAGAAAUGCGAUUUUCAAUGCUUAGCAGCCUGUGAGAUGAUCGGAGGCUCUUAUGAAUGUUUCAAAUCAUGCCACUGUGGAGUCAGAAAGAGUCCUACUUUUAAAGACAUUCUUAAGCAAAACGCUUGCUAUGCAAGUUGCAAUGCAGAAUGCCUGCAAGAAUUUGAUCCUAUGAAAGCAGAUGAAUGCUUCUCAGGAUGUAGCUGCAAAUGCAAUCAAGUUUGUCUUGAGAGCUGUGAGGAUAUUGACAACCAAUUCGCAUGCAGGCUCUCUUGUGGAUGUACUCCUACUGAAGAAGACAUUAUUCAUAGAGAGGAUUCACCUGAAGAAAAGAGUAAAGAUACACCUGUAGUGAAGGAAGUUACAGAGUCUCAUACUGUCACUAAUGCAGAGCCUAAGAUAUCUGUUAAGCCUGUCUGCACUUCAGACUGUAUAAACAACUGCCUCUCUUCUGCUGUUGGCAAGGACGACACUGUUCUAUGCUUCACCAACUGUGGGUGCAUGCCUGCAUUCAACAACAUUGAGCUAUCAAUGGCUUCUCCAGCUUUAGCCGAUAGCUCAUCCUCAAGCACUCUUCUUUACUUGAUGUUCAUUCUCUUCCUUGUAGGUAUAGUUGUGACUGCAACUUAUCUGCUGUGGGAUAGAGACACAAAGAAGAGAUCUAAGAGGUAUGAUGAGGAGUCAUCUACAACUAUGUUGUACCAGACUCUCGAGUAAGUAUUGGGUAAGAUACUGGUUUCAAUAGUCCUU